UUCCAGUUUGAGACAAUCCAGCUGAGUCUAAAUGCUUGAAAUUAAAAUGACUUUUAGUUUGUGCAAAUAAAACGUAGCAAAAGCCAACUCCAAACAAUCGUACCUACAAACAAGCAAUGUGGAUUCUGUCCUGCCUGUUCCAACGUGUCAAGUGGGUGACAAAUUCAUCAUCAUCGUUCGAGUGCUGUUAUUGUGUAGUGAAGGAGCCCGGAGAGGAAGACUCGGAAAAUUCCUCUUCCGUUUCCGGACCAACAGGACUAGGAAUAGGAGCACUAGGAGGAGGAGGACCACGUUACGUUCAGUUGGCCAAUAAUCCAGCAGCGGUGGACAGCAGCAUAAAUCAACUUCCGACAGCAUCUGGAACAUCCCAUCCAGCAUCUGCAGGGAUAGAAAGAUCGGACAGCAUCGAGAUGGAUCCCAAUGGACUGCUAAACCUGGCUCGUCUCGGCUAUCACGUUCAAUUUGUGGAGGGGGUUAUUGAUAAUGAAAAGCCUCCGACCGACGCACCACCCCAACCGAAUCCGAAUGUUGGUGGCAGUGGACGAAAGUGA